AUGACGACGUCCGACUUCUGGGACGUGCAUGUUAGAAAGUACGGCUAUCCCAGCCUCCGGUGGACAUGGGUCUGCGAGGGCCGGUACGAGACGAGCAACGGGGAGAGGCAGAUGCGGCCCGCCAAGAUAAUGGGUCGGCCGUACAGUUACUCGAGGUACGACGAGCUCAACCGGAGCAUGAAGGCCGUGGCGCAAAAACUGCGCAUCAGGCGCCUCCACGUAAAGUGGCUGCGGCCGUGGUACGCCCAAGAGUACGCCUUUUGGUCCAGGACGUUGUACGCCGAGACCACAUUGCGGUAUACGCUGGGUUUGCUGUCGCACAUGCUCUGCGGCUACUCCUUCCAGAACGAAGCCAAGGCGAACCUUUGCAUCAAAGAGCUAUUAAAGCCGCACAGCCGGCUAUCCGACCUGGAGGGAGCCCGGCCCGAGAAGGCGAGGACGUCCAAGAUGUUCUACCACGCCAUGGGGUUCCUCGCCCAGGCGGCGCUACCCGUCCGGACGGGGACCAUCACAUAUAGGGACAACGGCGUCGUCGAGUACCCGGACAGGUUGCGCCCGGCCCUGAGGCCCACUUUCGCCGGCGAUCUCGCCCUCUUGGACCAAGUGACGAAAUGGGGGAAGAGGGCGGCGGACGCGAAGAGGAUCAAGACACUGUAUGACGACGCCGCGCCUAGCCAUGACAGAGAGCUGUGCAUGAGCAACGCGCAACUGGCCUUCCGCCGCUGGCAACUGCUGGGGUUCGUUUCGACCCCGGUCGCCAGGGAUUUCGAGCGCGAAUGGCAGCUGCUGAGGCGGCAGAUGGACCAGAGACCCCUCGACGACGCGCGGCUCGACUGGAGCCCCGGAACGUGGAAAUUCCUGCGCCGCUAUUUCGGCCAAGCGGACCAUCAGGUGUCGGCCUCCGUCCGCCCGGGGGAGCAGAUGGAGCAGAAGAGCGAAGGCGUUGACACCGACAUACCGGCGGGGGCCAUUGCCCGGCCGGCGAUCCCCACCACGCUCGCCGCGCCCUCAGGGCCGGUGGCGGCGCCGUGGAUUCCGUACUAUAACCCCGGCGAGGUCGGCGAUCACCAGAGACUCAAUGGCAUAAACAAGUGGUGUUGCGCGUGGACCGGGCGGGAAAUGGCGAUUUACGACGUGUCCGACCUCCUGGCAGGCGGGUCGUGGACCAAGGCCACGAGAGCCUACGUUACGAUGCCUGUUACAACGUCCUUGUGUCGGGUGGCCCGCACGGACAACCUCAGCCAAGCAUGGACCGACCGGUUCUCUACGGAACGGCCACUCGGCUACGUCGCGACAGCGCGCAGGAUAGAGGACGUCAGGAUCAACGACGGAAAGGAGGGGAGGCCGCGAUGGGUUAUGGCCGGAGAGGACGCGUAUGACGUGACAAAUGUCGAACUCCCUCCGGAGCUGCAGGACCUGGAGGUCAUCUUCACCGAGGCUUCCCACGAAGACCCCGUCGCCGAGGCCGUCAAUCGGGGAUAUCACCCGGAUGUCAUCCAAGCGGCCCUCCGCCCAUACAGAAUCGGCUGGGCCCAGAAAACAGAACCCGAAAUACUCCACCUGAAGCAUCACGUGUUCACGGCGAGCGAAGUCAAGUGGCACACGACCCGCGAGACCGGGAUCUAUAUCAUCAUCCGGGGCAAGGUUUACGACUUCACGAACUUUAUCGACCUUCACCCCGGCGGGUCGUCCAUCAUCGCCCAGGUUGCCGGGACGGACGCGACGAGCGUCUGGGACAGGUUCCACGGCAGCCCCACGACGGAGUUUGGCUUCAAUGCUCACCAGCAUCUCGGGGUCCUGGAAAUUGGGAGGGUCAUAGAGGAGCGGUCCUCAACGGUCUUGACGCUGUCGCCCACCGAGAUCUGUAUCCGGGGCUACAUCUACAGCAAAGACAAAAUCAAUGCGAACAACGACCGUGUUGACGUGCUCAACGGCUACUGGGGUACGGACGGCACCGCCGACAUGGAGAAGCCGAACCCCUCCGAGGCGUACCUCCAGCUCUGGGAAACUCCCGGACUCAUCGUCGCCAAGAUGGUCCGCCCGACGACCGAACUCCCUUACAUGAGCCCCAAGGUUCUGGAGAAGAUGGACGGCAAAGAAAGACCAGACGGAUUCAACGAGUCGUGGGUGUCUAGCGACUGCAUCGUCUACAACGUCACUUGUGAGCGCCCCUUCCCCCUCUUCCCUCCUACCGCCUUCGGUGCUCGCCAGCUGAGUCAUUCAUUGCGAUUCAGCGUUGAUGACAGGGACCUGAUCGAUUUACUCACGAACAACUGCUCGCAUCGUAUCAUCGGCCUGCUCCACACUCCCAAGCGUGGCCGCAACUCUGAAGAGAAGGCCGUCGCGUGGAAGACGUCGCACAGACUGACGCCAGCCACUACGCCAAAGGCCGUCCCACAGGCUGGUGGCUCGGCGGCCGCGGCGAUGCCGACGCCAGCGCCGGCGUCAUUCACGGUGCGGCCGCUGCGCCCGCUCAGGAAAAAGAAGAAGAACAAUAAUACCGGUACUGAGUACUCGUACCCGAAGCCCAUCGACUCAGGGCUUCCGAGCACUCCGAACAACGAGCGAAUGGGCGAACCGAUGGACGAAUCGUCGGAUGGCCCGAUUGACGACCCGAUGGACAUAAGUCGUAUAGCAGCGAGGACGGUCCUGGAGCGAAUGGGGUUUCCGGCGGAACUUGGGAGAGGUGCGAGCGGUCAUGAAAGGAAGACCAUGGGCUGGUGA